AUGACCACUGAUGUUGAUCAUAGCGAUCAAAUGGAUGUGGAUUCCGUAGAAAUUGAAUCAAUAGAAUCGUCCUUAAACAAGUUAAAAGAAGAAUUACCGGACAAAAAUACGCUACUGAAUAAUAUCUUAGAUCUUAUCAUAACCUUAAAUAAUCAAAAAAAAGAAUUUGAGAAAGUCAAUCAUGGACUAAACGAAAAACUAUCGAAACGAGAAAAUGAGUUAAAUAUUCGUAAGCAGGAAAUUGCGGAACAAGAAAGUUUAUCAAAGUAUAUUUCAGAUUUAAAUGAUAAAAAUAAAGAACUUAUGGAAAUUAACCAUGGGUUAAACGAAGAACUAUCGAAGCGAGAGAAUGAGUUAAAUAUUCGUAAGCAGGAAAUUGCGGAACAAGAAAGUUUAUCAAAGUAUAUUUCAGAUUUAAAUGAUAAAAAUAAAGAACUUAUGGAAAUUAACCAUGGGUUAAACGAAGAACUAUCGAAGCGAGAAAAUGAUUUAAAGAUUAGAAGUCAGGCAUUUGAGGGACUUAUGGAGCGUAAUAGAAGACUCGAAAAUGACAAAAAGGUUCUAGAAAAAGACAUAUCUAGUCGUAAUGAUUAUAUAAAAAGAUAUCAAGAAAACAAAGAAGUUCUUGAACACGAUAUAAGAGAAUAUGAAAAAGAGAAAGUUUCCUUAGUGCAACAAAUCAGUAAAUCUGAGCAAACGAUCUCACAACUUCAAAAAGAGAGAGAUCAUAAUUAUAUUAAUUUAGUUAAUUCAAACAAUCUGAUUGAGCAAAAGGAUCGAAAAAUUAAAGAAUUAAGGGAUGAAGCAUCUAAAUUGCAAGUAGCACUUGGUAGCGCUACUACUUUUCGUUUAAAUGACGAUGAUAAAAAUAGCACUACACAACUUAAUGCUGAUAUCGAAAACUUACAAGACUUAGUUGAGGAUUACGUUGGCAAUUUAAAAGGUGGUGUUAUUAUUGAUUUUAAUAGAAUAAACAAACUUUUAGAAAUAUAUAGUUCCAAAACACGGAUCGAUCCACAGACUCCAAAUAAACCUUUAAUUAAAGCAGUCCUGCAACGCCACGUUUUAAUGAAAAUUAUAUCAUUUGCGGAUGAUUAUUUUAAUACAGUGGCUGAUUAUCCAUAUUUACUUGAAUCUAAGAUUUUCAAUAAAACAAAUGACUUGAUCGAGUCCAUUAAAAAGUUAUCAAAUGAACGUGUGGGAUCAGAUCAUGUAACCCAAGCAGCACCAAUAAAAUUGCGUCAACAAAUUUAUGCCGUACUUGGUUAUCGUGGGUUCGCUGACAUACCUGAACAUGGUUUGCAUCCUUUUAUUAUACAAUGUCAAGAAAAACUUAACGAUUCUAUAAAUCGAUACCGUUCAUUCAAAGACCCCAAAAAAAGUUCAUCAAUUGGAGAAAAAGCUAUCGAACUAAUUACUGAAGUUAUUAGGAUAUUCUUUUUCCGUUUCAAAGUUCAGGAGCCAGUUGUCCAUUUUCAUUGUUUUCCAUAUGGCGAAGGAAUAACCAAGAAAUAUAUGAAAGUCCUGUGUGAUGAUGACGAAAUAGAAGAAGCUAUUGUCGACAUUUGUUCUUUUCCAUUAAUUGGAAGAGAUUUAAAUGAUGAUUUAAAGCGUAAAAUAUUCACUCAUGCUAAGGUUUUUACGCGAAUAGAGCCUAAAAAAAAAAGUUUUGUAGAAACUAUCACCGCUAAAGUUGCUGGUGUAAUUACCAGAGGAGAACAAAAACUCAGGGGUAAAGAUCACAGUUAUGAACAGCAAGAUCCCCAACAAUUUCAAUCUAUUUAUUACGAAGAAGGUUAUGCAAAGACUAAUUAUUCCACAGCUCCUACUGAGACUAACAAAAAUACUGCUAUUAAUAAUAAUUAUUCCAUGGCACUGAUUGAGACUAAUGAAAAUACUGCUAUUAAUACUAACUAUUCCACGGUACCUACUGAGGCUAACGAAAAUACUGUUAUUAAUGAAAGUUUCUCUAAAACAGAAGGUACUAGUAUUGAACCAUCUAAAGUCAAAUUUUCCACUACUCCUGAAUCAGAUUCAUUCAAAAUUGAUCUUUCUAAAAUCGAUGAUUCUCUUAAAACUGACAAGAUUGAUGAUAUUUUUUCUAAAACUAAAGAUUCCUUCAAAACUGACCAAGCUAAUAAGGCAGAUGAUUCUUUCAAAACCAGAAGAUCCAAUAAUUCUUCAGAAAUUAAUAAAAAUAAUGAUUCUUCCCCUGCAACUAAUAAUUCUUCAGAAACUGAAGUUUCUUCCAAAACAAACAAGAUUAACGAUUCUUCUAAAACUGAUAAAAUGGUUUCUUUCAUGAUUGAUAAGACCAAUGAUUCGUCCAAAAAUGACAAUUCUUCCAAAGCUGACAAAACUGAUGAUUCUUCCUUUAAAGCUCAAGAGACUGAUGAUUCAUCUAAAACUUCUGAGACUGAUGAUUUUUCUAAAAUUCCUGAGAUUGAUGGUUCUUCUAAAACUCCUGAGACUGAUGGUUCUUCUAAAACUCCUGAGACUGAUGAUUCUUCUAAUACAAAUAAAACUGACAAUUCUCAUGAGACCGAUGAUUCUUCUAAAACUCCUGAGACUGAUCAUUCGCCACAAACUAAUGAUUCUUCUUCUUCCUCUAAAACUCAUGAGGCUGAUAAUUCUUUCUCUAAAACUCACAAGGAUGAUGAUUCUUCUUCUAAAACUCAUAAGGCUGAUGAUUAUCCCAAACCCGCCAAAGCUAAUGAUUUUUCUAAUCCAAAUAAAUCUGACUAUUCUUCCUCCGAAAUUCAUGAGUCUGGUGAUUCCAUCGAAACCGACAAAGCUGAUGAUUCUGACAAGACCAAUGAUUCUUCUAAUACAAAUAAGGCUGAUGACUCUUCCAAAACAGACAUAUUAAAUGAAUCUUUCAAAAUCGAUAAGCAUGAUGUCACGCCAAAAGCUAAUGAUACUGACGGUUUUUUCAAGACGGAUCAAAUUGACAAUGUCUCUUCCAAGGCUGGAGAUUCUCACGCAACCGAUAAAAAUGGAGAUUCUUCAGAAUCUAAUAAAUCCGAAACUGAUUCAGAGAGUUUUGUCAUAGUUGAUCAAAUCUGA